AUGUCUUCUUCCUCUUUGCAGCACGGUGGUUUAGCUCAGGAGGGCAUGGUCGAUGAUGUUCUUAGUGACACCGAGGAUGAAUUAUUGCAACCCGUACUUCCCGUUUCCCGGAAACCUAUAACCAAACCGGGCAAACCUCCCGCAACAGGCGAAGAAUACCUACAAAUGGUAAGGUUGGAGGCCAGCAAGACACAAAACGUCACCGUCUCCGAUAAUGUCUCCGAUAGAAGCAGCAAAGUUAAAAUGGCCGGAUGGGUUAAGAGAGGUUGGGCGAAUGCGGAGACCACAUUAAUCGAAGAACAGGACAGACAUAAUAGGGAAAGUGGACUGGUUGACGAGGAAUGGGAGAAUCGAUUUCUGGAGAGAUUCCAGAAUUUACGAAAGGCAUUGCAGUUGCACAUGGAUGAGGCGUCAAAGGGAUCGCCUUCGUCAGGCGAUUCUUUAUAUCCGCCGGCGAAACUACCCAAAAGUCAAGAUGAGGCCGGAUGGUCGAGGUUUUGCUAUGGCUUGAAUUUUUCGGGUGUCGACUCCCCAAAGUUAACGAGAGAGGAUGAGGGCGACGAAGUUGCUGCCAUGAUGUUGCCUAGCUGGCACAUAAUAUCGAGAAUGGAUCAGCCCACGACAAUUGCUCUACUCUCUUAUCACAUCAGAUGGUUGAAUACCGGAAUGUCCAUAGCCAAAUCUCAAUGGCUUUUUGCCCUGCUUAUCAGAAUCGACAAAAUUUUGACUCCUGAUCAAAUGUCGAUUCUUCGAGGACUCUGUAGGAAGUGUAUAGAUAUUCGCAGAAGUUUGAUGAAAGAGUUUUCCACGGUGGACAACGAGGACGACACAACCUUGGCUUCAUUAAACAUGAUAAUCACCAUCAUAAGAAAUUACUUUGGUCAACGGGAUUUAGGAUGA